UCGUUUCGUACGUGAAGGAUUCACGCUGAAGGCGGUGGCUUCGACUCUAUAGGAUUUACCCCGGUUUUCGUGUCGCUUAUGGAUCCUGUCUGUAAAACUGUGCUGUUUUGUGUACUGUGAGCCAUUUGAACGCCCUCGAAUUGGCAGGUCCAGCAGUCAUUCUCCAAGCCGGGCGUGGGUGGGGUGGUUUUUGGCAUUUACUGCGCGAAAUAUCGUUUGGCCCCAAGCUCCAUUCCCCGUGGGGCAUUGUUUGAUUUUUUGUUGUUACUGAACCGUGAUUUGGUGAAGUUGAUUGCUUUGAGGACGGAUAGCGAGCUGCACAUGGAUAUAGUAAAACUCAGCGGGGGACUCUGCUACACUUUUAAUGGCAGAUGUUUCUACGCUCAGUGAGUGUUUGCGGCUGAGGGUGGUGUGAAGCACCUGUCGAGAAUGCACUCCGAGUGGUGAGGACGAGGGAGAUAAAGUCCAUAGGUUUGUUACGUACCUUGGUGUGAAUUGAUUGAAGGGAAUCGUACUGUUCUCCUUACUGCGCAGGGAAAAGGGAAGCGAAGGUGCGGUGUCUCUUUGAUGGUGAUUGAUGGAAUGAAGCGUCACUUUGUGGAACGGUGCUGAAGCGGAUGUGAAAAAUUGAACACCUAUCGCUUUGAGCAGGGAGGAAGUGGAGCAGAUGGAAUUGCAUUUUAAAUAAUGGAAAAUGUGAGAUGCUUGUUAAUGAUUUAAGUUUAUUGGGUAAACAAGGUUUUUAAGUGGUACAUCGCUUUCGUGUUCGAAUGAUUAGAAUUGUUUGUGCCGGAAAACUUGCAUCGUAAAAGGAAAUAGAUCGAAGGUCGUUAUCUCUCGCUGGCGUUUGCUAUUCGGUAGUGGCGGAAAACAGUGAAACCAUAAAAGCUCAUACACCAUAACCGUAGGCGCCAACGUAAGACCAAUUGGUGUCUGCUCAUCUCUGAGAAUACGUUCGUCCAAGAAAGAUCGGUGUCAAAACGUGUCAGACUAGGAUAAACCGGCAAUGUGCCACGAACCUGCUGGCAGUACGCGUGUGCUAAUGUGUAAUUAAAAUUCGCAUCGGAUAGUCGCUUCCUGACACACGUUCACAUAAAGCGUGAUUACAGAGCAGAGAAACUCAUUUCCGCCUUUAACCACACUUGGAUACGGAAGUGGGCCCAGCGGCGGAGGCUGGCUACGGGUUUAUCGAUAGCAUCAGUAGGCAGUAUUGUGCGUUAAAAUGGUGCAAUUUUCACCGGCGGUUGGCAGAUAAUUGGGAUUCAUCGGUCGUGCCUAGUGUCAAUGGAACUUGUCUACUACAUCCCAGCUAAUCUUAUUCCAAGCACUAAAACGCUUCAAGGCCCCCGUCGGAUGCACUAUUCGUGUGCUAUUCCACGUGAAAACAACGAAACCUCCAGCUGGUACUUCAUUAUCCAAACAGAUAAACAUCACAUAAUUAAUUUGCCACACAUUCAGGCGAACUUGAAGAAAGUGGCACUUCCUGCCGAAGCGCGAGAAAGAAAAAUCGUUCCCCGUGAAGUGCAUUCUUUUCGUGCUGGAUCACAAAACCAGUUCGCGCGGAUUCAGCGAAUAAAGGAGCAAGCAAACUGGGCAAAUAAUAAUUUCAUAAACGGCGAACGGUGCUGUGCACGCGAGUGAGUGAGCGAGCGAAGGAGCAAGCACGGGAGAAAGGGACACGAAAUAAUAAAACCUCAUAAAGCAGUGCGAACCCCGGUGGUGGGUCGGAUGAAAUGAGAGUGCAUAAAUUUUCCGCCCACCGACGUCGAAAGAAUGACGCUGAAAGCAAGCGCGAGUGCCACUUACAAUUUUUAGUACCGCAGCACCCGGAUCAUCAUCACGACGCCAACAAAGACCGUUGUUCGUGUGAUAAGCACGGCAAGACCCCUUGCUCUCAGCCGGAAUUAUGAACUUGUUGUACAACGCGCAAUGCGACAGUGAACCUAGCCGUAGCUUGGUAGUCAUGCAUUCGAGUAGUGUAAAAGUUUUUAAUUAUGCAGCAUCCGGGUGUCAUCGCCGGGCCGAGGGUUAGGGUGGAAUGCACACAGCACACGUGUCAGUGCUGAUAACCGUCAGCGAUCGACCGUUUUGCUUUGUGUGGAAUAGGGGACAGAACCGGAACUGUAGUUUGAUGUGCUUUGCUGGGUGGCACCGGUUUUAUUCAAAAACUCCAUCCUCGCCAGACGGGCCAAAAGUUAUUAGUUUUAUGCUUUUUAAUUGCAUAGCAACUGUUACUAUCAGACUGGCUGGGCUUGGUCAAAUUUAAGGACUUAGGAGCAAGUGGAGCGCUCUUCCAUGCAUGCAUUUACGAAUUAACUGCUUUCGUAUGUUUCUAGAGACUAAGAACUAGUCAACGAUUGAUCGAAAAAAAACCUGUGAGAAAAGUGAUUACACUUCAGAACACAAGAAAAAACUUUAGCCGACUGUGCCGGUUCCGGUUCUAAACUUCAGUGCUGACAUGAAACCUUAGCUCAGUGACAAUAUAAUUGAAAAUUUUCACUUCACCGUCAAUCAGUCGUCAGUCACUUGCAUUGCACGAAAACAGGAAACAACCGGACAACGGGGGAAAAAAUAAGAGCUGCAGUGUAAGCUCGGUUGGCAAGAGCGACAUUUUGCCAACGAACUUGAACAGAAACAGAAAAAAAAAAGAACGGCAGUAAAAACUGUCGCCCGGGAUCCGCAACCCGGUGAUAGCAGACAAUAGGACGCCGCCGCGCCGUCGUCACGCCGUUACGCCAACUCGAUUCGGUCGAGAUGUUCUAUCUGUGGAUGUGGCUGUGGCUUAGUUUGGCGAAAGUGCGCGAAUCUGUGCUGUAUGUGUGUGAGUGGUAGUAGUGCUAGCAGCAGUGAAAUGAUGGCGGCAGUUGAACGAUGUACGACAUAAGAAGAGUGGGUAAUUAAUGCGACGCUUCACCUAGGAGAAUUCGAAUCCAUAAAUGAGUAGAAUCUAAUUAGUCUCCUGUGAAAAUGUUGGAUAAAUUGACGUUGUAUGUGGGAGUCUAUCUACUACUGCUGCACAGCAAAAUAAAAGUUUCCUUGAGCUCGACGAUGAUGUUGACCACGGAAGAGUCUGCCGCCCUGCAGCCCUACUUCGACUUUGAUGUACAGCGGAAUAUCACAGUAACCGUGGGUCAAACGGGCUUCCUGCACUGCCGGGUGGAGCGGCUCGGUGACAAGGACGUCGCCUGGAUCAGAAAGCGAGACCUGCAUAUCCUAACGACCGGUUCGUCGACGUACACAUCGGACCAACGAUUUCAGGUGAUCCGGCCAGAACACUCCAUCAAUUGGACGUUGCAGAUCAAAUAUCCCCAGGUGCGGGACUCGGGUGUGUACGAGUGUCAAAUUAACUCCGAGCCUAAAAUGUCCCUCUCCUACGUGCUGAACGUGAUUGAGCUGCGAGCGCGUAUAUUGGGACCGUCGGACAUUUUCAUAAAGUCGGGCAGCGAAAUCAUCAUGACUUGCGUCAUCCAACAGGGACCACACGACCUGGGCACCGUGUUCUGGUACAAAGGAAACACGCUGAUAGAGUCCACCACUCAGGAGAACAAUAUCUAUACGAGCGAAAACCAGAGGAUCACCGUGGAAACCGACUGGACGGAAGGACUAACGUCCAGGUUAAAGAUAAAGCGAGCGGUGCAAGGUGACACCGGUAACUACACUUGUGUGCCAACGAUGGCCAAAUCAUCCAGUGUUUAUGCACACGUAAUUAGUGGUGAACAUCCGGCAGCGAUGCAGCACAACGCAGCCACCGGACCGGUUGUUCUAGCACAUACGAGCAUUUUAUUGUUUUAUGUGACACUUUUAGUGCAUAUUGUUGUGAGUACGCAGUUUAAAAUAUGGUACACUCAAGAUGGAAGAUGAAAUUGGCCCAGCGGCUCCCACCAGUGCUCACGUUCCGGCGAUCCGGAUGAUGGUGGCAGUCCCGGCGGUGGCCACAGUAGGAGCACGCGGAGCCCACAGCAGCGGCGGCGGCAAAGGAGCUGGUAACAACACUACUAGCAGCUUGGCAGCCAGUAACCGAAGGCCGCCCGGAAGAUCCGGGGACAGCUGUACGUGAGUAAAAGCGGGAACGGUUCUGCGGAGAGCGAUUUCGAUCUCCGCUGAGAAAUCUUCCUCUGUACAAAAAAGAAAAAAAUGUGUGAAUGGUGGCAAGAUAGUUUUUUCUUAUACCUUGAAAAGUAGGAAUGUGCUAGAUAGUGAACGAGUGAGCGUACGAACAAAUAUUUGGAAGACAAAAAAAAACAAUGAAAUUUAGCUGUAAGAAACAAUCAAAACAAGAUGUAGUGGGUAAUAAAAACCUUAAUAUAUACAGCACACACACACCCAGAUUAUAGCGUUUAAACUAGGAGCAAGGAGCAGAAUAUGCAGGGUAGCUGUAACGACUUUAGCAAACUGAUGUUGGGCACAUGGUGUGUAGGAAUAAUGGACACGUGAAAUGAAAACAAGCGCGCAUAUUUUCACUUCCGCUCACAAUCGCAACCGCCACCGGUUAGUUGGUUCGGAACAAGGAAGAACAACUUCUCCCCGCAACGAGAAGCCAAUUUCCCCGUUAGAUUUGUACACACGAAAGUUUAAUAGCCUAAUAUUCGCCGGGACAGGUGAGAUCGAGUUGGUUUAGAAUAGAAACGAUUUGGUUUCGGGACCGGAAGCGGUAAAGCAUUAGGGCUCACAAGGACGCUGGUGCUGUGCUCGUUCGUGGCACGAAACGUAAUGGGAUGAAGCUUUCUGCAGCGAUCUGCGAUCGGAUUAUGUGUACUUCUUUUGCAUGUUUCGUGUUCUAAAACUCUUUGGAAUAGGACGAAUUUCCACGACGCUUGUGUAGAAUGAGAAUUGAUAUCAGAUUACAGAUUACUUGUUUUCCAUUUUAUUUCUCUAAUUAUAUAUUGUUAAAGACAACUACUUAAAAUGGUAACAAUUUCACAGAUCUUCGUAGUCCUGUUUUGAUUUUAGUUACCGUUGCUUUCCAGUACCAAAACUUGUUGACGUUAGCGUAGCGUAUUAUGUUGCUCGGGUAAACUUAAUAAUGAACUUUUUUUUCCCGAAAACAGUUCUUGAGUGUUAUUUGGAUCUUGCAUUGGUUCAUAGGGAAUGUGAUAAUUGAUUUGACGCCUAUAGCAAAUCUUUGUUUUUCUUCAAUCAGACACAGUUGCCAUAAGAAAAGAAGUAGUAUUUCAUUUUGACUGCUCUAAAGUAAUACUAGGAGAAACAGGCGGCAGAAGUUUAUUCACCUUUCAUAAAAUUGGCAGCGAAACGGGCAGAGCGAAAAUUACAGCAAAAGUAAAAGUUCAAAUUGAAUUGAAUACGUGCUAGAACGUGCCGCAAAAAACGGUUUCUAGUGGAUGAAAAAUUAAAAAAAAAAAAAACAACCAACCUCCGCCUUCCAGGUCGCGCUUCCGGGACGACAGGAAAAAAAAACGACAGUCGGCAACGAAAUAUGAGCGUUAAUUCUGGUACGCGAGAAUGUACUCGCUGUGCACGGGGAAGAACCGUCUCUCUAUUGAACGCUGCUGGCGGUGGUCUUGCAUUCUUGAACUGUAGAGCUGCACAAUGCAAUUGGUAUGCUUCAGAGCACCGAGAUGAAUUAAUUUUGGGCUGGGUUGCUACCGUGAGCUGUGCAGGAGUGGCAUAAUUUUGUUUUGGUAAGAAAUUUGAAAACAGAAGCAACUGCAUUCAUAGCAGCAGGGGGGUAUGAAUAGAGCCCGCGAAGGAAAAAGAAGGGGAUUUUAAUGAAUAAUAAUUCUGUGGUUCAUUAGGGUUCGCUGGUGGUUGUUCGUGAAUGAUGAGCCAAGCAUUUUAGAAUGCUUUUUUGUUUAGCUCAGACGGCGCAUAGCGGUUAAAAGAUAUUAUACUGAUUAAACCUUAAUUACCUAUCCUGUUAAAGAAAGGUAAAUAAACCAACACAACUUUUAGUAUAAUGCAAAGUGCUUUUUCUCACUGGUAAUUCUAGAUGGUGGGCUCGAUGUCCAGUGAAAGAAUAUUUUUAUUAUUCAAUUGCAAUGUUUUCGUGAUUGCUUGUGUAUGCCAAUUCUACCCCACCGGGUGUUAGCUUUUUUAUUUCAAUUUAUCAUUUUAUUGACCAAUGUCUACAAAAUUCCUUUAUGUCAAGGGUGAGAAAAACUAGAUUUUUUUGUUUUAUACUUUUUUUAGCAUGGAUCAUAAUUAAUUAAGCGCACGUAAUAUGAACAAUGAAAUUGAUGGUCAAAGUUUUCCUUUCAUUUUCUGGCAGAAAUUAAAACUAAUAUCAACUAUUGUUGCUUUCAAACAAGCAGACUGUGUCAGUGAGGUAACUGAGCUGACAGAAGUAUUUGUAGAGACUUUUAACACUACUCUUUGUACUCUCUGUCAGGUAAGUAAGAAAUGGAUCGAAAACAUUUGCCGUAUGGUCACAGAACUGGCACGAAGGAAUCUGAUCAGGUCUACCUUGGACAGCAUGUUUUCCUUGUAGGUUAUAUCUUCUCCACCUUUAGCUUUGAAAGUCAUAUAGGUUUGGUCAUCCACAUUUCCACCUCACGAACACCGUUGGGAAUGCAAGGGAAAAGGUUUUUCCUCUGGAAUCUUUUAAUAUGAUAUGAAUGGUGCGUGGUGCUAGGUCAUGCAGACAAACUUCAAUUUUAUCGUCAUCCAUAUUCGACAUUGCAUGCUGUUCUUCAGUAUCCAUAUACCAUGUGAACAAUUCAGGGGAGGGUAAGGGUCACAAGAAUGUCCACGCUUGUCCAUGAAGAGGGGGUGGGGACGUGUGAAAUGUCCACUAGGACUUUUUAUUAUAUUGUCUUUUAUAAGAAAAUGAAACAAUUUUGUACCGUUAUUGAUGUAAGCGCUAACUUUUUAGGUUUUUCAUGAUUUUGAAAUAGUUUAAGUGCAUAGUGUGUCAGUGAGCAUGUAUCUGAGAAAAUUGAAAACAUCGAUGGCAACUAUCAUAAAAAAAUUAGAGGAAAUCGUUCGAAUCAAAACCCGAGAAACAAAUUUUCGCCUGAAUCCCUUGAUCCGAUCUUCUGUAACUUAGUCAAAUCUCACUAAUGUUGGAUUUGAAAUCUUGUCGUUGAAAUUACGAGCCAAUUCAAAAAUCCGUAGGUUACUAGAAUUUCGUGUCAUUAUGGUUAAUCUUUAAAACGUAAAUAAAAAAGAUUCUAAUCUCGUUCAGAUUCAAAUAUUUCCAUGAAGAUUCCACAAAAUACUAAAUAAGUGUAUGACAUUCUUUGGCUGAAGCUUGAACGAUUUACAUCAAGUGCUUCAGUAGCAGUCUACAGUCUAACACAUAGCAAAAUUUUCUAAAAACCCAUUUUCAUGAAACUACCCGAAAAACAUCUUCGAAAGUCCACGUGGAUAUUGUAGGAAGGGAGUAGGGGUACAGGAAUUGUCUACGGAGGGAAAAGAGGGGAGUCAAAACGGAGGUUUUUGUCCACGUUGUGUAUGCAGCCCCUAAGAAAUUUUCUGUCUAGACUAAACUUCUAAAUAUUAUAAAAAUACAGUUUCUCGUGUGGUGUAGCUGUAUGUAAACUUAUUCAAGAUUACGUCACAUACAUUAGGGCAUUGCAAAAAAAAUUUUUUUGAAUUCUCAAAGGCCCCCCCUCUCAUAUUGUGACAAAUGUCAAAGUAAGCUCAGAUGCCAAAUUUCACAUCAUUUGGACAAUUUUAGACCCCCGCCCACUUCGCUUGAAUUUUUUUGAAAUUGGUACUAUGGGAAAAUAAGGAGGAAAAAUACAUUAAAUGCUAUAACUUUUGAAGUAGCAAUCAGAAAAUUACAAUUUAUACCUCUUUUAAAAGGAAAUAAUCUAAGUAUUUGAAUGAAGAUACAUUUGUUUCUUGAAAAAUACGGGAAAGUGUGGUACUGGAUCAUUUGGCCCCAAAAUCCCCUAUUUUUUAAUGAUUUUUCUGCUCCGUGAUACAAAUCAUACAUAUUUUGUAGUUUUUCUAAUGUGAAAAAAUCUCAGAAAUCGAACGGAAUCCUUUUGAUCUUAGUUCGAAUACGAGAAAUUGGGGUUAUAGGGCUUUUUGUCAGUCAUAUUAAAUUUUAUCAUUUUCUCAUGCAUAUAUCUCUAUUAUUCUUCAAUCAAUUUUUUUUUUCAAUACCGUUUGUGCAGUGGAUAAGUAGCAAAGUGAUCGUUGAAUUGAUUGUUUGUUUUACUAAUAUAGUAAUGGUGGAGCGAAUUUAAGUUUCUAUUUUGUGCCAGACCAGAAGGUGGACUGAGAUUGCUAAAGAUUGUUCCUCUGCGUAACAUUUUUUCAUUAAACAAAGUAGUUCAACAUCAGAAAAUAGAAAAAAAACUAGUUUUCAUGAGCGGCCUUAAAAAAUAUUUUUGCUAUUUACAUUUACACUAUUUCGGUUCUUGUACUGUUUUGUUUUUAUUCAACCAUUCUAUUAGUAGUAGUCGGAUAAAAAAUAAAUAAAAGCAUUUGAAACUCUGGAGAUGGAAGAUGAUAGUUCCACUGAAUAUUCAGCAAACAUUUUCAAAAAGACUUAUUCAUAUACAAAAAGCUUUCUCAUAAUCGUAUAAAUCAAAAACACUUUCUGAAUUAAAAAGGAGUACGCUUCUUGGUUACGAUACGCAUUUAUUAGAAUGGCGAGAACAAAUGAUUUCCUUCGGCCCGCACCUGUGUCGAUAUCUAGUACCACCGGGAGUACCUGCUUAAAAUUUGAUCCAAAUCGGACUAAUUUAGCUACCGGAACAACGAAUUUGGAUGAGAUUUUGGUGUAGUUGUAUGAACACUUUUUCAAGAUUAAAUUACAGACUAACAGACAUAGCAUUCUGAUGAAUAUCUUCACCAGUUUUAACGGUCAUUUUAAAUAAUGUUUUUAGUUGAGACUGUCGUCGCAAAUGCAAUGAUGGCACUGCCCAAGUAUGCGGGGGAGAGGCUACUUAUGAAAAAAAUUCCCGAGUAUGAGUUAUAACAACUAGGAAAUGAGUGGAACCGGUUAUAAAGGGAGGAGCAAAUGUUUUUGCAAAAUGAGUGGAACGAUGUUUUUUGGAGAAAUUUCUUCAUAGUGUUAUGUCUAUUGGUCUGAGACUAAGCCACAUUAUCACCUCAUGCAUUGUGUGUCUAAGACAAGUUCACUUAACCCUCCGGAAGUCGCGCGAAUGGCCCACUGAACGAGCAGCCGCUGGUGCGCUAAUACGAUUUCGCUAGAUUUUCAGAGCAGCGUGCACUGAGUGCACUAGCGCGACUUCCGGAAGGUUAAAGUCAAUCAGAAUUGUGAUUUCUCGUGAUAGGGGAAGCUGAGGAGAGUUGAACAGAGGGGAGUUCAAACAAAGCCCAUUGCUAGCGAAACCAUGCCGUUAGAGAUCUGGCCAAAAUAUAUUUGUUUCACAUCUUUCGUAUACGUUUAACAAAAGAAAUGUUGCAAAAUCCCUAACGGUAUGGUUUUGCUAGCAAUGGGCAUUGUUUGAACUCUCCUCUGUUUCAACUCGCCUCGGUUUCCACUACGGGCAACUUUGUUUUCUUUGGCUGUUCUAUUUCAGUACGAAGCCAGAAGUAGCGAUACUAUACCGUUUGUGCAGUGGCUAAGUAGUAAAGUGAUAGUUAAAUUGCUUGCUUAUUUUACUAAUUUGGCUUCAGCUUCAGUUUUUGUUCUGUGCAAGACGAGAAGGUAGAAGGUUGUCCCCCUGCACAACACUUUUGCAUCAAAAAGAGCAGUUCAAUAUUAGAAAAUAGAAAAAAAAAAUCGGUUUCCAUAUGGGUAUAAUAUACUUUUGCUACACUUCCACUAUUUCUGAGUUUGGUUCGUACCUUCGUUACAAUUGAAUCGUAGAGCGCAUUGCUCCAUAAGUGGUGUUCGAUAUGCGUUUUUUGCUCGGUUUAUGCCUUCUCACUUGUACUCUAAUUGUAACUUGAAACUUUUUUUUAGAAACUACAAUUCAAUUCGCAAAUGAAUAUUAAUCUAUCAAAACUAUCGACUCAUCUCAGAACGAGAAACUGUAUAGUCUUCAAUAAAAACAUGCUCCAUCACGUUCUGCUAUCAUAUGUUACAAUUUACUAUAAACUCUCCUCCUUAAAACAACUCAUACAACUCCAUGCUGCUUUGCUACUGUCGGUUCUCAUGGUAAAGAGCGACAAGUCUGUCUUUGCGUUAGUAAGACAUGUUGUUAGACUUGAGCGAUUUGUAGUAAUGCUGGCUAAGCUCGACUCCUGCCAGCAGAAGACAAAAGAUUAGUCCGUAAGAUUUUAAGCAUGUUUCUAAUGACACUGCCACUUCUAGUUUUCCGAUCUGUAUAUUUCAUAUCCUUGCUCUCACUUGAGUACUACUGUUCUAAAUUUUCCCAACUUUCUCUACUCAGUGAUCUCUAACUAAUUGAAUGUCGUUAAAAAGUAUACUUUUAAACUAAUCGAUUAUUUUAAUAAUUAAUCAAUUAUUUUUUGGUAUUAAUCAACUAUGUAUUACAUAGUCUAUUUGCUAUUAAUCGAUCAAUUUUUUUUAUUCAUUUCGUUUAUUUGAUAGGCACAAAUGCGUUAGCUUGGCGGUGCCAAAUUAUUUUGUUUUUACACUUUGGAUAUCUUAGAACUAGGAGGAUACAAUGUUGAAAUAUUUUUUUUAAAAAAGAGAAAAAACAAAAUUACAGCUAUCUUAAGACCAGGAAUAAGAUUCUAUAUACAAGAGAGGGGCAAAAGAUUAAUCGAUUAAUUGAUAAAAAUGGCAUUAUUUGACUAAUUCACCUAGCAAAAAUAGGCUAUCCAGUUACAAAAAUUAUUCAAAACGAGCAACUCCAUAUUGAGAGCUGCGAUGAGGAAACCUAUCUUCGCCGAAUUAAAUAUUCAGUUCUUCAACGAAAUAUGAAAUUUUAUUCUCCAAUUAAAUGGACCAAUUAGAUAGACAAUUUCAGAUAUUUUUAAUCUGUUAAUGGCUAAACAAAUAAAGUUAUCUACUUAAUAACAGAGUUACAACCUGAAAUUAUUAAAUUUUUUGAAAUAAACCGUAAACAAACGAUAGAUAUGGCGGGUUUUAUAUCAGUAAAUUCAGUUCAGUCCACCCGUGCUGUAGAAACACCUACAGUAGCAUAUUGGCAGAUAUCUUAGUGUUUAAGAGCGCACGACGGUCUUCGCACGCAGCGUGGAGGCGAGUGUAAGUGGUACUGGCACGCGAAAGGUUCGUGUGUGCGGUUAGAUAGUUUGCGUGUUAAUGCCACCACUGCCGAAUAGGCCAAUAGGCUAUUUACCCGCCGAAAACAUUUUGGAAUGGGACUUUCAA